AUGGAUGACAGUUUGGAGGAGGAACGAUGUCUUCGGUCCACCGACUGGUUCAGCGGGGGGCUCCCUGCGGCUUUUGAAGACGUUUUCCCGGUGUUUGAGAAGACUGUGGUUCCGGCAGGAGGAGGUGGACCGUCAGAGCAGACUGCUGGAUACCUCCCUCAACAACAUGCCCUUAAAGAAGAGGAGAUUCCUGAUAACCGUCAGUGUAGUAACCAAGAAAGGAAGUUCACAGACUAUCAACUGGUUAAAGAGGAACAAGAGGAACCAGAGCCUUCGCAGAUUAAAGAAGAACUAGAGGAAUCAGAGCUUCUACAGAUUAAAGUAGAACAGGAAGAACUCUGCAUCGGUCUGGACCAGGAUGAAGAAAAGCCUCCACGUAUUAAAGAGGAGCAGGAGGAACUCUGCAACAGUGUGGACCAGGAUGACCCAAAGUCAGUGCAGAUUGAAGAAGAACAGGAGGAACUCUGCUCCAAUUUGGAUCAGGAGGAAUGUGAAGCCCCACAGAUUAAAGAAGUGCAGGAGGAACUCUGGACCCAUCCAGUUGUGCAUUUUUCAGAGAGUGAAUGUGAGGCUGACACAGGUGAAAACUCUGUAAAAUAUGACACUGGUGGAAAACCCCGUAAGUAUAAGUCUCAAAUGAAGGAACUCCAUGGAACUGACACAGAUGAGAAGCCAUAUUCUUGCAACAGAUGUGGCAGAACUUUCAAUUUUUGUGCUCCCUUCAAAAUCCACAUGAGAAUUCACACAGGUGAGAAGCCGUAUUCUUGCAAAACCUGUGGGAAAGCUUUUACAAGAAGUGAUAAAUUGUUGUGCCAUAUGAGAACCCACACAGGUGAGAAGCCGUACCAUUGUAACACCUGUGGGAAAAGGUUCACCGACCAAUCAGCGUGUAAACGGCACACAGCGAUCACACAGGUGAUGAAGCCUCACAUCUGUAACAUCUGUGGGCGUAGAUUUGUUGAAAAAUCCAAUCUGAACAUCCACUUGACAACCCACUCCCAAAUCAUCACACUUCACUGUCAGGACGAUGCAUUCACUGGUAUUCCUGGUCAGGAUCAGAUUCAGAUGCUCUCACCUAUGCUCAGAAACCUGAAGGUGUCACCUGGAACCAAAAAUUGUUCUUAG